AUAUGGCUCUGUUAGGAAUGCCGGCGACGUCGAAGGGUAUAGUGGUAACAGUGCCAGUUCUGGUUCUCUCUGCUUUAGUGGCCACCGUUUUUCUCUUCUUUCUCUUGUCCAGUCUCUCUUCUUGUUCUUGCCCUUCUAACACUCCCCUCUCCAUUGGAAACGGUGUCGUCUCUGGGAAUGGCAAUUCUCUUCCCUUGACGACGACGCAGGAUGACGUGGAGUGGGUUAAAGAUCAGAUCCGAAUGAAUGGCCUUCACAUGAGUGACAACGUCCUCCGCAAGGGCAUUAACCCUCGCACCAGGGCUCACCAACUCGACGAUCUUAGACAAUUUAAAGGUAUAUCGCACUACGAGGGAGCUGAUUCAGAUAACCACACAGCCCUACCUUGCCCGGGGGAGCUCCUUGUUGAGGGGCACCAUAGCAACUACGGCGAACCUUGGGCUGGUGGAAGAGAUGUGUUUGAAUUUCUUGCUCAAUCCGCUAAACUCAGACCAGACUCCCGUGUCCUGGAGAUUGGUUGCGGCACUCUCCGUGUUGGCUUGCAUUUCAUACGGUACCUAAAUCCGGACCACUACCAUUGUCUUGAAAGGGAUGAGCUCUCUCUUAUGGCUGCAUUUAGGUAUGAGCUUCCUUCCCAAGGCCUCUUAUCUAAACGGCCUUUGAUAGUGAAGGGGGAUGAUAUGGAUUUCAGUAAGUUUGGUUCUGGAGUUGUAUAUGAUUUGAUUUAUGCUAGUGCUGUAUUUCUUCAUAUUCCUGAUAAACUUGUGUGGGUUGGACUCGAGAGGUUAGCUGCUAGAUUGAAACCUUAUGAUGGACGAAUUUUUGUGUCACAUAAUAUAAAGUUCUGUUCACGGCUGGGAGGAGAGGAAUGCACGAGGAAGCUUACGAGUUUGGGACUUGAGUAUAUUGGGAAGCAUACACAUGAUAGUUUGCUAUUUAAUCACUACGAGAUAUGGUUUGAAUUCAGGCGUCCCAGGGCUUGAUUUAGACGCGGGGCAUGGGAAGCAACUCGGAAUAUUCUCACUGCAUUGAUCGUGUCUUUGUUCAGAAUGUCAUUCUUUGCACAAUUCUCAUGAAUUUUUUUGGCUUGGGGAGCAUAAAGGUGACAAUUAUUUUAGCCAGCGGUUCAUUUGUGCCAUAAGUAUGAAUUCGGUUUUCAGUCUUUUAAGAUAGAGAAGGAUCAUCUAUGAUUUUGACGAAGGACUCAACAAAGAACAAGGCAUGCGUGAUUUAUUGUUAUCUCACAAUGAAAAGGCUUGCCAUGUAUAUACGUUUCUGGUCAAAUUAUUUUAUUGUAUUUUAAUCUUUGAUGUAACGCUUGUAUUUUAGCACUUAUCCUAUGUUGCAACUGAUUGUUGUGAUACGAAAUAUUACACAGGAUACAG